AUGCCGCCAAAGAGGAAGGCCUCGACAGGCGUGCAGGGUGUGUCCAAGACGGGCAGGACCUCGGCCGUUUCGACCCCCGGGCCGACCACUCCUCGAGACCUUGAUAGCGACGAAGACGAUUCCGACUCCCCCGGCCCCAACGAGCUUCCGCCGCAGGAAGACAUACAGAAUGCUGUAGACCGCUUCUCUUUGGCCCAUUACCAGGAUCAAACCAUACGAGGGCCCAUCGACCACGCCAGCAGACAUUUCGGCAAUGGAAGGCGCGAUUUCUCCUACCUGAGCCUGAAGCCUGACCACAAGGACCGCCCUAUCUGGAUUGACCCCCAACGAGGCCGCAUCAUCCUCGAGAACUUCAGCCCUCUCGCUGAAACCGCAAAGGACUUCCUCAUCACGGUCGCUGAGCCUCUAUCGCGCCCAACCUUUCUACACGAAUACUCUUUGACUACCCACAGUCUGUACGCCGCCAUUUCCGUUGGUCUGCAGGCUAGCGACAUCAUUGCGACACUGGACCGUUUCUCCAAGACGGAGCUUCCUGGCUCUAUUCGCGCCUUCAUCGCCAACUCAACAUCUGCCUACGGCAAAGUGAAGCUCGUCAUCAAGAACACCAAAUACUACGUCGAGAGUAGUGAUCCAGAAGUCCUGCAGAAGCUGUUGAAAGACCCUGUCAUCGGACCAUGCCGUGUCCAGGGCACCGAUAUCACCACAACCACUUCGAACAUGCCUAGUGUCGUCAUUCCUGGUACCAUGAACGCUGCUGGUGUCAAGCAGGUCAAGCCUAGUGAGAAGUCGCAGGAAGACAUUCUCCCUGACCAAGCCAUGCAGACCCUGAGGGAAGAUGACGACGACGACGAUAAUCAGGAGGCAGCACACGCAUUCGAAAUCCCUGACAGUGCCGUCGAAACCGUACAGAAGCGAUGUCUUACCAUCCAGUACCCUAUUCUGGAAGAGUACGACUUCCGUAACGACGAUCGGAACGCGAAUCUCGACAUCGAUCUGAAACCCAAUACGCAGAUUAGAUCUUACCAAGAGAAAAGCCUCAGCAAGAUGUUUGGCAACGGCCGAGCGAAAAGCGGCAUCAUUGUGCUGCCCUGUGGCGCAGGGAAAACGCUGGUCGGCAUUACUGCUGCAUGCACAAUCAAGAAAGGCUGUAUUGUCCUUUGUACAAGCACCAUGUCUGCUCAUCAAUGGCGACAGGAAUUCUUGAAGUGGUCAAACAUUCAUCCAAAGGACAUUACAGUUUUUACCGCAGAAAAGAAGACCAAAUUUGAAGGAAACACGGGCAUUAUCGUAACGACCUACCCCAUGGUGACUCAAUCCGGCAAACGAGCACAUGAUUCGCAGAAGAUGAUGGAUUUUCUUACUAGUCGAGAAUGGGGUCUAAUGCUCCUUGACGAGGUUCACGUUGUUCCGGCCAACAUUUUCCGCAAAGUUUCAUCACAUAUCAAGAGUCACUCCAAACUGGGCCUUACUGCUACUUUACUAAGGGAAGACGACAAGAUUGGAGACCUUAACUUCCUUAUUGGGCCCAAGCUCUACGAAGCAAACUGGAUGGAACUGUCGGAACAAGGGCAUAUUGCCAAAGUGCAAUGUGCAGAGGUGUGGUGUCCAAUGACAACGGAAUUCUACGAUGAAUACCUCAGGACCACCGACCGCGGUUUAAAGUCGAAUUUGUACAUUAUGAAUCCCCGCAAGAUCCAGGCUUGUCAAUUCCUGAUCGACUACCACGAGAAACGAGGAGAUAAGAUUAUCGUCUUUUCAGACAAUGUUUAUGCCUUGAAAGAAAUCGCUUUGGCACUCGGCAAGGCCUACAUCUGUGGAGCCACUGGUAACAAUGAACGUUUACGAAUUCUGGAGAACUUCAUGUACAACCCCCUGGUGAAGACGGUCUUCCUCUCCAAGAUUGGAGACACAUCCCUAGAUCUGCCCGAAGCGACGUGCUUAAUCCAGAUAUCAUCUCAUUACGGUUCCCGGCGUCAAGAAGCACAGCGUCUGGGUCGUAUCCUAAGAGCUAAACGCAGAAACGACGAGGGCUUCAAUGCCUUCUUCUACUCGCUCGUGUCUAAAGAUACGACUGAAAUGUACUACUCGACCAAGCGCCAAGCUUUCCUGGUCGACCAAGGCUAUUCCUUCAAGGUCAUCACGCAACUUGCGGGCAUGGAAAACAUGGAUAAUCUUAUAUUCAAAUCACCGACAGAGAGACGGGAACUAUUACAAAAGGUCAUCGUCGAUACCGAGGCCAAGCGGGGGAUGGACGAUGAAGACGCUACCGACGAUCUCUUUUAUGCAAACAAGGGCAGCAAAAGGGGCGUCAGGCGCAUGGCUGGCACUCUUGGGGAACUCAGCGGUGGUCAGGAUAUGUCGUACAUCGAGCAGAGAAAGAGCAUGAACAAAUCGCUCAAGAAGAAUGCUAAGCAGAGCGACUUCUUCAAGAAGCAUUAUAGGGAGGUUGCUAGAAACAAGGACAAGGCGCGAUGA